AUGGAUGUUUAUCAUGAAUUCAUCGAUCCGUCUCGAGUUUCCCACUCUGUAGGCUGCAACUUCAUUUCAUCCACCGUUAAACAUUUAGUUGUUGGAAAAGCCACGCUUCUCCAGAUCUUUGAAGUUGUACAGUUGAAGCUGCUGACGCCGUCAAAGCCUCAGCAUCGCUUGAAAUUAAUAGACCAGUUCAAACUCCAUGGAUUAAUCACAGAUAUAAAGCCCAUAAGAACUGUAGAAUCACCCAAUUUUGACUACUUGUUGGUUUCGACGAAGUCCGCAAAGUUUUCUGUCAUCAAAUGGGACCAUCAUCUCCAUACGAUUCUGACAGUAUCUUUGCAUUAUUAUGAGAACGCGAUCCAGAACUCUACCUAUGAGAAGUUGUCGAAGUCUGAACUCUUGUUAGAACCUUAUGGAAGCUGUAGUUGCUUGCGUUUCAAGAAUUUGCUCUGUUUUUUGCCGUUUGAAACAGCAGAGGAGCUCGACGAUGACGACGCAGACUCUGAAAACGAAGAUAUGGUCAAAUCAGAGAAGAAGGAACACGAAAAUGGUACAGUUAACGUUCCAGUUACAGAUCAGCCAGGUAGUUUUUUCGAUACCAGCUUCUUAAUAGAUGGCCAGAGUCUCGACUCGUCUAUUGGUAGCAUUAUAGACAUGCAAUUUUUGUUCAAAUAUAGAGAGCCAACUUUUGGUAUACUAUCCCAGCGACAACAGGCUUGGGCUGGGAACUUACCAAAGAUUAAGGAUAACGUCCAGUUUUGCAUUUUGACCUUGGAUUUGACUACUAAGUCUACUGUUUCAGUUUUGAAGAUUGACAAUCUUCCGUACGAUGUUGACAGAAUUGUUCCCUUGCCUUCUCCCUUGAACGGGUGUUUGCUUUUGGGCUGCAACGAAAUAAUCCAUGUAGACAACGGUGGGAUUGUAAGAAGAAUAGCGGUAAACCAGUUCACCUCUCUCAUCACAGCUUCCACCAAAGCGUACCAGGAUCAAACCCACUUGAAUCUCAAGUUGGAAGACUGUAGUGUGGUAGCUUUGCCAAACGAUCACCGUGCUCUAUUGGUAUUAUCCACGGGUGAAUUCUACUACUUAAACUUUGAAGUAGACGGUAAGUCCAUCAAGAAAUUCACCAUAGAAAGUGUGGACAAAUUAUUGUACAGCGACAUAAAAUUAACUUUUCCCGGUCAAAUAGCGACCCUCGACAACAACUUGCUAUUCUUUGCCAACCAUAAUGGUAACAGUCCUUUGGUACAAUUCAAAUAUCAAGAUGAAGCACUUAAUCCUAAGAAACUCGCUAAAAUUGUAGACGAAGAUAGUAAGAAUGAAGAUGAAGAUGAAGACGAAGACGACUUAUACAAGGACGAAGAAGAGGAAGUGCAAGUAGUUUUGGGCAAUUCUGUCAUUGAGUUUGUAAAACAUGACGAGUUGGUGAAUACUGGAGUAGUUUCUAGUUUUUCUUUAGGAUACUAUUCCACUGAAAAGUUCAAAUUCAAUUUGAAGAAUCCUAAUUGCAAAGAAGUGUCGAUUAUUGCCAAUGCUGGCACACAUUCAGAGACUAAGUUGAACAUCAUAACACCUUCCAUUCAACCCACUAUCUCUUCAACGUUGAGUUUUUCGCAGGUCAACAGAAUGUGGAAUUUGAACCAGAAGUAUUUGAUUACGUCAGACGAUAUUAACUUCAAGUCCGAAAUCUUUCAAAUCGAAAAGUCGUUUGCACGUUUGAAUUCAAAAGAUUUCAUUAACAACGAAUUGACCAUUUCGAUGCAUGAGUUGAACAAUGGUAAGUUCAUCUUGCAAAUCACUCCUAAGCAAAUCGUCUUGUACAACAACUUGUUCAGAAAGAAAAUCACCUUGAACGAAGAAAUCAAGGACGAUGAAAUCAUUAACAGUGUCUUGAGAGACGAGUUCUUGAUGAUUUUCCUUGCCAGUGGUGAUGUAAUGAUCUUUGCUAUUAAUACCUACAAUGAAUCGUACUCAAAGUUGGAGAUUCCCAAGAUCUUGGAUGAUACGAUUAUCACUACCGGAUACAUCACCAAUUCUCAUUUGUUAAGGGCUGUUCUGAAAGAUGUAAAUUUACUCUUGAAGAGCGGAACUAAGAGAAAUAGAUCUUCCUCCGUCGUUUCCAAUGUUGGAACUGCUGCAGAACCUAAGAAUGUUGGCCCUAAACUGAAGACAUUUGUCUUAGUGACAGGUGAUAAUAGAAUUGUAGCCUUCAACAGAUUUCAUAACCAGAGAUGUUAUCAGUUGAAUCACGUAGACAAGUUCUCUGACAAUUUGCAUCUAGGAUUUUUUGACCCUGCUCAAAACGAACCAGAUCCUUUUAUUAAACAAGUAAUGCUCAACGAAAUAGGUGACAAGGAUCACAAAGAAGAAUAUUUGACUAUAUUGACGAUUGGGGGUGAAGUUCUUCUUUACAAGUUGUACUUUGAUGGAGAAAACUACGAGUUCAAGAAGGAGAAAGAUUUAGCUAUCACUGGUGCUCCAGAAAACGCAUAUCCUAUAGGUACGGCCGUUGAAAGAAGAUUGGCAUAUUUCCCUAAUUUGAAUGGAUACACUUGUAUAUUCGUUACUGGUGUUACUCCCUAUUUGAUUCUUAAGAGUCUUCAUUCCAUUCCAAGAAUUUACCAGUUCUCGAAAAUACCAGCUGUUUCUAUUUCUCCUUUCCACGAUUCGAAAGUAGCAAACGGGUUGAUUUUCUUGGACAAUCAGCAGAAUGCGAGAAUCUGCCAGCUUCCACUUGACUUCAAUUAUGAAAACACAUGGCCCAUGAAGUUGAUCCAUAUCGGAGAGCUGAUUCGUGCAAUCACAUACCACGAGUCAUCUCACACAUAUGUUGUUUCCACCUUCAAGGAUAUUGACUACGAGUGUUUUGAUGAAGAAGGAAAGCCAAUAGUAGGGCUUCAUAAGGACAAACCACCUUCUUCUGCUUAUAAAGGCUCCAUCAAAUUGAUUUCUCCUUUUAAUUGGUCUGUCAUCGAUACGAUAGAAUUGGCUGAUAACGAGUUAGGCAUGACUGUAAAGUCGAUGAUUCUCGAUGUAGGCUCAUCUACCAAGAAGUUCAAACACAAGAAGGAGUUCAUUGUGAUCGGAUCUGGUAAAUACAGAAUGGAAGAUUUGUCAGCCAAUGGGUCGUUCAGAAUCUACGAAAUUAUCGACAUUAUUCCUGAGCCAGAUAGACCUGAAACAAACCACAAGUUUAAAGAGGUUUUCAAAGAAGAUACCAAGGGUGCUGUCACUUCUGUAUGUGAAGUCAGUGGCAGAUUCCUAGUAUCACAAGGUCAGAAGGUCAUAGUAAGAGAUUUACAGGACGAUGGGGUGGUCCCUGUAGCCUUUUUGGAUACGGCAGUGUAUGUUUCUGAGGCCAAAAGUUUUGGUAACAUGAUGAUCUUGGGUGACUCGUUGAAGAGUGUUUGGUUGGUAGGAUUCGACGCUGAACCAUUCAGAAUGAUCAUGUUAGGAAAGGACUUACAAGGACUAGACGUAAACUGUGCAGACUUUAUUACUAAGGAUGAGGAGGUGUUUAUCUUGAUUGCUGAUAACAAUAAUGUCUUGCAUUUAGUUCAGUAUGACCCUGAAGAUCCUACUGCAUUAAAUGGCCAGAGAUUACUUUCCAAGUCUUCUUUUUCCAUCAACUCAUUCGUGACGUGCCUUAAAUCUUUGCCCAAGACUGAAGAGAAAUACGACACUGGCAACUUCCAGACGAUUGGUUCGACCAUUGAUGGUUCUUUCUUUAGUGUUGUCCCCAUAAACGAAGCCAGCUACAGAAGAAUGUACAUAUUGCAACAGCAGUUGACCGACAAGGAGUACCAUUACUGUGGUUUAAAUCCUCGUUUGAACCGUUUCGGUGGAUUAUCGAUGACAGCAAACGACACCAACACUAAGCCUAUUCUUGACUACGAUGUGAUUAGAGCCUACGGCAAGUUGAACGAAGAAAGAAAGAAAAACUUGGCUAGUAAAGUAAGUGCAAAGAAUAUUUACCAGGAUAUCUGGAAGGAUAUCAUAGAGUUCGAGAAUGCGUUGAAGGGUUUGUAG